AUGGCGCUGGUCUCCGACGAGCUGCCGGCGCCCAACUUGACGCGCGUCAGGAUCCGCCCGCAGGGCUGCGGCCCCGGGGCGCUGCUCGACCGCUUCGGGGUCUUUGUGCAGGCGCUGCUGGCCCUGGUCGCCUUCAGCACGCUGAUGCUAAAACGAUUUAAGGAGCCAAAAGAAGAGAGGCGGUCUUGGAGAAUAUGGUUUUAUGACACUUCCAAGCAAGCCAUUGGUGCUCUCUUCAUCCAUUUUGCCAACGUCUUCCUGUCUGACCUUACGGAAAGGGAUCCCUGCUCUCUUUAUUUGAUGAACUUCAUCUUGGAUGCCACUUUGGGAAUGUUGUUGAUCUGGCUCGGGGUGAAAACGGUCUCGUGGAUGGUGGGGUGGUGGCCGUGCCCCUCCCUCGCCUUUGGCGAGUAUG